UUCGCCGCGCCUCCCUGCCGCCUGGGCCAUGAGCGCCCGCGAGCUUCUUCGCCAGCCAGCGCCACGCGCUCCUCGCUCGCCCCCGACGGCGCCCGGCAGCCCGUUGGCGCCUUGGUCGCGGAGCAGCAGCAGCGCCCGGGACGCUCCCGCCAUGGCCGUCUACUGCAGCGAAGCCUUCAGCGUGUAUCCCCAGGCAGCAGCCGCCGCGGCUGCAGGAACGUCGGGGCAGAGGCCGCCGGGCGCCGCGUACGCGCUGGGCGACUACGGGCCUCCGCCGGGCGCGGGCGGCUACUUGUGGGGGGUGAGCGGCGCGGGCCCCUACGUGCCCAGCGGAGGGGGCGGCAGUGGCAGCGCAGGAGGAGCAGCAGGAGGCGGCGGCGGCCCCGGGGGCUCGGGAGCCCCUUUCCUGCCCUACGGCUGCCCGCCGAGGGGCGUCGGGGCGCCGGCGCUCUUGGGCUCGGCUGCGGGGCCGGCGGGUGGCUCCGGGGCGCCGUCGGAGCUGGGCUGGCUGAGCCUGGCGAGCCAGGAAGAGCUGCUGCGCCUGGUGCGCCCGCCCUACUCGUACUCUGCGCUCAUCGCCAUGGCCAUCCAGAGCGCGCCCGAGCGCAAGCUGACGCUCAGCCACAUCUACCAGUACGUGGCCGAGAACUUCCCCUUCUACAAGCGCAGCAAGGCCGGCUGGCAGAACUCCAUCCGACACAACCUGAGCCUCAACGACUGCUUCCGAAAGGUGCCCCGCGACGAGGACGACCCCGGAAAGGGAAACUACUGGACCUUGGACCCGAACUGUGAGAAAAUGUUUGACAACGGCAACUUCCGGCGCAAACGCAAGCGCCGCUCUGACCCCAGCAGCUCUACAGCGCCAGCCGCGGCUUCCACGCUGGGGACUCUGAAGUCGGAGGAAGGCCACUCCAUCCCUUUAGUCCCGGGGAAGCCGUGUGGGGAAGGUCCCUCCUCCGACCUGGAGCCGAUGGCGCCCAUGAGGGACCAUUCCAAGAGCGCCUCCCCGCCUGUCAUCGUCUCGCCCGCAGCCGGGUGCCUCAGCAGCUUUUUCAGCAGCAUGAACUCCCUGAGCAAUGGCGGACGCCUGGCCGGGAGCCUCGGCGGCGAGUUGCAUCACAGGAACCUCCCAGCUGGACACCCGGGGGGCUGCAGCUUCGCCCAGGAAGUCGCCCCCGCAGAGCAGCUCCAGCGAGUUUCGGCGCCCGCUGCCGCCUACUACAGCCCUUUCCACCCCGGCAGCGGGGGCCAGUCAGGCCAGUACAACCACUUAUACAACUUCACCGUCAAUAGUCUCAUAUAUGCCCGGGAAGGCACUGAGGUGUAGACCCUUAAGGGGUCGCAG